AUGUACGAAAUCACUCUCUUUCAUCUUGGCGUGGUAGCCAUUGUCGUUGCCGGUCUUUUCAAGAUAUUGCGGAUUGGCAGACGUGACCCUCGAAUGCCACCAGGACCUCCAACCUUACCAUUGCUCGGGAAUCUACACCAGGUCCCCGUUACCGGACUCUACAAGCAGUUCAAGGAGUGGAGUCUGCAGUAUGGAGGAGUCUACUCCCUCAAGUUCGGCCCUCGAAAUGUGAUUGUUGUUUGUGACAAGAAGGCCAUCCAUGAGCUCUGGGACAAGAAAGGGUUAAUAUAUGCUGAACGACCCAAGAAUUAUGUUGCCGAUAUCAUCACUUCUGGCGACAGCAUUGUGUUUGCCCCGAACACAGUAGAGACAAAGGAGAAGCGUCGGAUCGCAACCCACAAUUUCUCGGUGAGUGUGGGUUUGUCCAAAACCAAGUCAUCGUGGUUUAACCCGGAGAAGCCUAGGAUCUUAGAUGAGAGUGCUGCAAAGGUGCAAGAUGCCGAGGUCACUGUCUUGACCCAUCAGCUUUUGACGGACCCCGAGAACUUCUACAACCAUGUCCGACGGACUACUUCAUCCAUUGCAUGUAUUUUGAUCUACGGGCAUAGAGGCCCUACAUUUGAGAACUUCUGGGGUCAUGCUGUCUAUGAUGCUCUCAGCCUGUUCGGAGAAGCCCUCGAGCCAGGGGCAAAUCCCCCAGUCGACGAGUACCCCUUCCUGAAGUUAGUGCCAGAGCGAUUUGCCUUCUGGAAGAGACGCGCACGGACGGCUGGAAAAGGCAUGCACGACAUUUGGACCAAAGCUCGACGCCUGGUUGACGAGCGCCGUGCUAGAGGCGACCAUCGGGUGUCUCUUGCAGACAGACUCCUCGACGAUUAUAACAAGAAAGGCUUCCCUAUGUCGCAACACGCCUUGGACCAGCUCUUCGGAGAGUUGGUAGAAGGGGGAGCCGAGACAACCUCGUCCUCCAUGUUGACCAUGAUUCUAGCACUGGCCAAGAAUCCAUGGGUUCAAGAGAAGGCAUAUAAGCAAAUGGUUGAUGUCUGCGGAAGCGAACGGAUGCCUGGGUGGUCGGACUUUUCCCGGCUGCCCUAUGUGAACUCAAUCGUAAAGGAGGGUAUGAGAUGGCGGCCGGCUGUGGCAACGGGCCUCCCUCGUAGCACUGCCGAAGAUGAUUGGUAUGAAGGCAUGUUCAUCCCCAAGGGCUCCACGGUCUUUCUUCCUAUCUGGGCUGUCCACCACAUGGAAAGAGAAGGAUACGAUGACCCGUUCAAAUUCAAUCCCGACCGAUACAUAAAUCACCAUAAAUUGGCGAAUGACUAUGCAGGAAGCGCGGACUAUAAACUGAGAGAUAAGUUUACCUCCUCCCGUUGA